AUGUACGGAAGCAGCCUUUUAGAGAAAGAAGAAGGCAUGUACCCGGGCACACUCAGGAGCCCCGGGGGGGACGGCAGCGUUGACGGGGCUGGCACUGGGGGCAGUGGGAGUCCCCUGCCAGCUCCCAACUUCGGGGCGGCCGCCGCGUAUGCGCACUACAUGGGGUAUCCCCACAUGCCCAACAUGGAUCUCCAAGGGCCGUCGCUAGGAGCCUGGGGCUUACCAUACAGUCUCCCCCGGGAAGACUGGAGCGCGUACUCUGGGCUAUCAAAUACAAUGGGUGCGGUGCCCACGAACGACUUGACCCCUAGCCCAGUCGCUUUCGGCCUGCCUGAGUACUGCAACCUGGGCCCAGCGGGUGGCGGAAACAGCGGCGGCAGCCUGCCCGCCCCAGCCGACGGGACACUGAUCCCCAUCGACGUGGGGACCGCUGACGCCAGUUCCCCAAGCAGGAACCGGCACAGCCCUUAUGCGUGGAUGCGCAAGACCGUGCAGGUGACCGGCAAAACCAGGACAAAAGAAAAGUAUCGUGUUGUUUACACAGAUCAUCAAAGGCUGGAGCUAGAGAAGGAAUUCCACUGCAAUAGAUAUAUCACCAUCCAGAGGAAAUCAGAGCUGGCAGUCAACCUGGGCCUUUCUGAGAGACAGGUGAAAAUCUGGUUUCAGAAUCGCAGAGCCAAGGAGAGAAAGAUGAUCAAGAAGAAAAUUUCCCAGUUUGAGAACAGUGGAGGCUCCGUGCAAAGUGACUCUGGGUCCAUCAGUCCUGGGGAACUGCCUAACACUUUUUUCACCACCCCAUCUGCUGUCCGUGGAUUUCAGCCUAUCGAGAUAAAACAGGUCAGAAUCUCUGAAUGAAAGAGAGGCAAAAAGAAAUGGAAAGCACCCUUUCUUUAGCAGGGUCAUUUUAGUCUGUAUCAG